AUGAGAAUGAUGGCUGCACUACUCGGCGUUUCUAAACGCAGAAUCGGAGUUCAUUUACAUGUUCCAGGCUACUGGAAAGUUCUGUCGAGAUGGGUACCCCACGCGCUGACCGAACCCAAUGCUCGCGGGAAUGCCGUGGUGGGAGCUACUGUCGGACAACCACAAGCUCGACGCCAAAGCUUAUGCGCGCCAGCUCCGCGACUUGACCAGUGCACUCCAAGAAAAGCGGCAGAGAAAGUUGACCUGCUGCAGUUCACCUCCUAG